AUGACGACCAACGCGACACGAGUCAGGGUAACGACGGCGCCAUGGCUGCUACCACACCUUGUGCUGGAGGUUCUGCACUACCUCGACGACGCUGACGAUGUGUACGCGUUUCUUGCCGCGGCACCCGAUGGCACGCUCGACGACGCGCUCGACUCGCUUCGGACACUUCUUUGUUUGACGAACGACUACACAUUUGCGCGGUGGCCAACUCCUUACAUUGGAGACCUGGACGGCGCAUACGGCAGCUGGCCGAGCGUCGUGGCGCGGGCGCUCCCAGCGUUCGCGACGCUGAAAGUCGAGUACGACCAAGGUUUUUAUCACACUUACGAAAUUUGUCACGGCACGACGCUGCCACCGACGACGGUCGUUCAUGCAUCAGUGUUCCACGCUGGGCGUUCGUAUUCAUUGCGGGGCAGAAAACUCCCAAGCAAGUACGAAGUUACCAAUGUCCGUGCUGGUUUGGGCCGCUGGCUCCCGAAUGUCAAGUUCCUCACGCUCGAAAGUGAUGACUCUCUGAGCUCCGACACUGUAGUACAAGAGGCUCUCAAAGCGUGUCCGCGCCUACGCGGGCUCUAUUUGGACCAAUGCGAUCCGUUCUACUCAUACGACGGUGUCGAUUUGCUGACCGUCGUCUCUGUGAUGUGCCCCGAGCUCGAAUGUCUUAGUCUUGGUCCAUCCAGCGACUAUUCAAACAGCAAGCCCCUCGUCGCGUGGCUCGCACGUCCGGCGACGCGCCAUCUCCGCCUCGAUCUCGUCGACUUCCGAGACGACGCCGAUGACGAGGUAGCGACAGCAAUACUGUCGUCGGCGACGCUCGAAACGAUAGAGCUUAUCGAUAUGCCAAGUCUUGCACGCGUCGUCAUGCGCGCGUCAUCGCCACGACUGCCCCACCAGCUGCGCCACCUGCGUAUGCACUUUGACAGAUCGCGCUGUUCCGACGACGACGCUUCCCAACCGCCAUUCAGCCCAGCGGACACGGUGGCACUCGCAGCCAAGAUCGCGACCUCGGACCUGGCGAGUCUGGAGCUGCAUUUGGAAGUCCCAUGCGAUCUCACGCCGGUCGUGACUGCCUUGUUGCAGCUCCCAAAGUUGGCCAAACUCGUGCUUCGGACGGCGCACGUGACGUCGUUCCCGCCACUGCGCCACCUUUGGCAUCUCACGCUCAACCACGUGACAUUUUCGGACGACGCUAUCGCGUCGCUAGCGGCGUUGCUUUGCUCGUCCCCAAAGCUCGUGGAGCUUGAUCUUUGGUACGACGAGCUCCCAGACCACCAAGCCAAAAUGAUUUUUGAUGCGCUGCCCGCGUGGCUGAGUCAUCGAGGUACGACAUGCAAGAUUCGCCUUGGUAUCAAGAGUGAUGCGCAUGCCCGCGCCUUUGCGACGGCGCUCACGCGGACGCGCAAUUCGCACAGGGUCAAGUUUUGGGUCUGGAGCUCUGGCCUUUCCUUAGAAGCAACAAAGCACCUUGUCGCGGCGCUCGGAUCAACAUCGCGUAUGGCCGUGCUCUUCACGAUCUCUCCUUUCCAUGGUAGUACGGCCAAACAAGAGCUAGAAGCCUUAAGCGCGGAGCACGGCGUCGGUAUCAAAGGGUACUCGUUCCUCUCGCCAACGACCUCGACGCAUUUACAAAUAACAAACUAG